AUGUUUGGAGAUCGCAGGGGUGGUACCAAGGCUGAAGAAGGAGAAGAAAAAUGCGAUGAGACCUGGGAAUUGAGUAGACAGCGCGUCCAAGGGACCGAGGAUCCGGUCCGUUACGAGGUGAGGACUGAGGCAAAGGCACUGAGGGACAGGAGUUUCCCCCUCCUGGUCCCCUCCGGCCUCCUCAUCCCUCGCCAUUCGGGCUCGGUUCUAGGUGAAGUCGAGGGAUUAUUGAGUCAUGGAUCCGGUGUUAUCUUGAACCUUGGACGUGUGGACCACGAGACGUUUCUCGAGGAUGGUCACGGAUAUUUGUGCCUUCAACCUAGCCUUCAUGAUGUUGGAGUAGAGUGCAUUCUCACUUACAAGCUCAGAGGGAUCAUUCACCAGAGACCGGUGAGAGAGAAGCAGCUGUCCAGACUUUUCAUGAAUUUCAACAUGGAUGCCAGAGAUCUUCACGAAGAGGAGGAAGACUCAGAUGACGAGGAAUGCCUGACCUCCAUGCUGGAUACUUUAUUGCUGAGCAUGGAGCACGGAGCCGAGUUUAGAAAAUUCCCCGUCUCUUCCUGUGAGAAGAACUGCGAAGAGGCCGAGGUGAAGAAAGUGUGCCAAAUGUGCAUGAGCAGCAAGCGGCUGAUCGACAGACGGGAUUCGUCUAUUCAGACAAGCCCCAUCGACGAAAUUGAAUCCAUCAUUCCACAUAUCGACAGCGAAGCUAGUGAUGAGGAAGAUCAGGAGGAAGCGGAGUCCCGGAGUGCUUUGGCCAACUCUUCAGUCGAAAUCGGAGAAGAAACCAAAGCGAAGGAAGAGGAAAAGGAAAGGGAAAAAGAAGGCAAUUCUGGAGACGAAAGAGGCACAGAGAGAACCAGCUCUUCUACUUCUCCCACUCCAGAGAAGGGAGAAGCAGAGGCAGAGACAGGGGCAGGGGCAGAGGCAGAGGCAGAGGCAGAGGCAGGGGCAGAGGCAGAGGCAGGGGCAGGGGCAGAGGCAGAGGCAGAGGCAGAGGCAGAGGAUCCUUCACGAACCCGACCGUGCCCUACAUCCAUUCACCAUGUCCCUAAAACUGCCCUUCAUUCUGGUUUUCUUCGGACCACCGGUGAUCGAACGGGGGAUGGGAGGACAAUUGUGAGAGUGGACUUUCGUCGAUGGACGGAACACGUGCCAGCCUCGCAUUUCGCCUCUCUUCUCCUGUACUCCAUCUCGACUUUACGGAAAGACGUGGCUCGCAAGGGUCUUGUCCUGGUGGGUGUAGGAGAAUCCAAUGACGAGAGCUCGCUCUGUUGCCUCACACAAUCCCUCCAACAAAUCCACGUGCGGCUGCCGCGCUUGCCUUUGCUAGUGAUAUUCGGUGCUGGAGAAAGUGAACCAAGAGUCCAGACCUUGUUCAAAUCUCUUGGUCUCGAGGUGAAAUUCUAUCCAUCCACUGAGGCCUUAAUGGAGAAACUGAAGCUGAAAUCACUUCCAAAGAGUCUUCAGCUUGAUUGGGAGGAUUCACUGCUCGAGUACAUUCACUUCAGAGAGGUGAGGAUGAAAAGACAAAAUAAAUCCUCUGCUGUCUUCAUGGAGCAUUUGAAGUUCAAAUGGAGUGCUGCAAUUUUUGAAAAGAAAAUAUGA